AUGCCAAAGAAGAAAGAUUCAACACUUAAUACUCCACAAUCACUGGAUUACAACGAUAUUGAUGAUGAAGACAACGAUAAUGAAGAAGAUUUAAGCGAUGAGGAAUAUGAAUCAGAAAGAUUAAACAGCAUCAAAGAAAAUUUACCAAGGUUAACACAAAUAUUAAUAGUAGCUCGUCUAAUUGGCAAACGUGAAUUUGUUUUAAGUCGAAAUGGAACAAAAAAAUUUUAUAAUAAAAUACGUCAAUACCAAGAAUUAUCACAACGUGAAAAAUCAGAUGAUGUUAAUUAUGGUUCACGUCUGGGUGAAUCAGCAGAAAUUUUAUGUAAACUUGCUGGAAUUUCUGAAAUUGUUAAAAUUGCAUUGGAAAUAUUAAAAAUUCUUCAAGAUCAAAAUCAACUUAAAUAUGACGAUACUAGCUUUAGUUUUAUUCGUAAUGCAACACAAGUAAUCGAAAAUAAAUAUUCAUCUCAAACUAUGGUUUUGGAAAUUCAAUCAUCGAGUUGUCAUCUUACUGGCUAUCUUUUUUGCAGUCAUUUGAUUAAAAUGUUAUUUGAAAUUUACAACAUCGAACCUGUUCUUCUCAACGAUAAAAAAACCGCAAUUGAAACGAUUUCUCUUCAUUCAACAACAAAUAAAAUUCGUGAACGUAUCCUCCAAAUACCCCACUUGUUCUUUCUAAAACGAGAUUUAACAGGAUCAAUGGGUUUGCUUCGUCAUUUUUCAACAGAUAUGGUCAAUACUAUUAUUGAUGAAUUUACAAAAUAUCAAUUACUACGACAAGGGCCAUUCAUAACAACAACAUCACGUGCUAUUGUUCAUAUGAAGUCGUAUCCAUCGAAUGAUAUUCUAAAUGAUCCAAUAAAACGAAGUGUUGUUGAUCGAAUUUUCACUGAUGCUAAAAUGGAUUUACAAAGUUAUAUGAUAACAUUGAGCAAUUCUAUUAUAAAGCAAAAACAAGUAUUAACAAUGAUUGGAAAACAAGUUUUAAUGUUGCCGGAACACCAACUUCUAUAUGAAAAUUUAAAACGAAAAUAUCCAGAGCGUAAUCUAGAUAAUAUUCAUGCAUCAAAUAAUAUUGACAAUGUUACAAUAGCAAAUAAUCUGCGAUUGCAUAGUGAAACAACAAGUAGUCAAUCAACAGAUAAUCAACCAAGAAUAAAGGUCAUAUCUGGUAAAGUAUUAUCUCAUCAAAACGAUGAACAGACAUAUACUCCUUUAAAUCAACUACUUCAACAACUACAUACAAAUUCUCGAAUUGAACAAUCUCAUAAUAUGUCAUCUUCAAACAACAAUAUUUACAUAUCACCUACAGACGUUCUUCUUGGUAUUUUAGAAUUUUAUAAUACGAUGUCGGAUAAUAACUUAAUGACAACAAAACAAAUAAAUAAUUCUAUUCCUAAUGUUGAAGAAAAAUUUUCAAUAUCUCCAACUACCAAUAUUUUAUUAUCAACAUUCGUCAUGCCUGAUCAUCAAAAGCAAGUAGCAUUAAAUAUUCAUGAUGAACACAAUUGUACACCACGUAUUGAAAAUUACACCGAUGAAACAACUGCUUCAUCUAUGAUAUCAAAUACUCUUGAAACUUCUAAUUCGCUUAUCAAUGACUCAAAUUCAUACAACCUAAAUGAUAUGGAUAAUUCCGAACCAACAUCCUCAAACAUAGCACAUGAUGUUAAUAUUCAUUCUCGUCAAAUUCAACAAAAUAAACGAAAUAGUUGUUGCAAUGAAUCUGUCAAACGUCCAAGAACUUAUAAAAAGAAAAAAUAA